GAUGUUAAUGCGCUACGGUUAUAAUAAUUUGCAAGUGUGAGAGACAGAGAACUGGUAGAAGGGAUAACAAAAGAAGAGGACAGAACGAUUCAGUGAGAGUCUCUAGUUUGAUGGUUCUAUGUACAGGUAAGUAAAUUGCACUGUACUUACGCCGUGCAGACAGUUGCGAUCAAACCAUUGCAAGUGUUCGUGGGUCUGACGCGCAUUCGCGAAACUUACCUUUUUUUUUUGUCAAAUAAUCGUGUGUAUUAAAUUUUUUCAAUUUUUUCUCGUUUUAAAAAUUCGUUCGUAAAUUUUUGCGCGUUGUUAUAUAUAUUUUUUUAAUGUAGAAUUUUUCCCAACGAUUUAUGUACUAUUUAAUUUGCUGUAAUUCGGUUGUUAUUUGUUCGGAUGAUAAUUAAGUAUUUCGAUUUUUCGGUUUUCUUGGUUCGAAUAAUUUAGGUGUUGAAUUUUUCGCAAGCUUUAUUUUCGUGUCGCGUAAUUCCCGAAUUUAUUUUUCGAUUUUGUCUUCUUGUACCGUCAAUACACAAAAGCCUGGAUAUCGAUACACCAUCUGUGACUUGACGGAAGGAUUUCCAAAAUGGUUGUAAUGCCGAGCGAUGACAAAUCAAAUAAUUUUGACCACUGCCACCACAGACGAAACGACGACAGGGACGUAUUUGCUGUCUCCGGUUACGAUAACAAAGGUUUCAAACAAGAUGGCGAUCCGCUCGGCGACGUUAUUUCGAAACCACCGAUGCAACCGGAAGACGAACAAGUACCCAAGGGUAAAUUUAAAAUGUCCAGGAAAGAAAAAUGGCGAAUAUUGAAAAAUAUAGCAACCAUUAGUUUCGCAUUUAUGAUACAAUUUACCGCUUUCCAAGGGACGGCGAAUUUACAAAGUUCAAUUAAUGCCAAAGAAGGUCUCGGUACAGUUUCCUUAUCGGCCAUAUACGCCUCUUUAGUAAUUUCAUGUAUAUUUGUACCUACGUUUUUAAUCAAAAGACUAACGGUGAAAUGGACCCUGUGUUUUUCAUUGUUGUGUUACGCGCCUUACAUUGCGGCCCAAUUUUAUCCUAGAUUUUACACAUUAGUACCCGCCGGAAUCCUCGUCGGUCUUGGUGCGGCUCCUAUGUGGGCGGCUAAAGCUACCUAUCUUACGCAAGUGGCCGCAGUUUACGCAAAACUUACCGAUCAGCCGGUUGACGGUAUUGUCGUGCGGUUUUUCGGAUUCUUCUUCCUCGCUUGGCAGACGGCAGAGCUGUGGGGAAAUUUAAUUUCGUCUUUGGUUUUAUCCAGCGGAGUUCACGGUGGUGGCAGUUCAUCGAGUCAUUCUCUCACCGACGACGAUUUAAAAGUAUGCGGAUCGAAUUUCUGCGUCGUUGGAUCGAGUCAAAGUGCAAAUUUGGAAAGGCCACCUGAUUCGGAAAUUUACGAAAUUAGUAUCAUAUACCUCGCAUGUAUAGCUACCGCCGUAGCGAUACUUGCAUUCUUACUCGACCCUUUAUCAAGGUAUGGUGAAAAACAAACAAGAGCCAAUUCCCAAGGGCUGAGUGGUAUACAAUUAUUAUCAGCUACGGCGUACCAGCUGAAGAAACCUUACCAACAGUUACUAAUACCGAUAACCAUAUGGAUCGGUAUGGAGCAAGCGUUUAUUGGAGCCGAAUUUACUUCGGCUUACAUAUCCUGCGCUUUAGGAAUUCACUCAGUAGGUUACGUUAUGAUAUGUUUCGGCGUCGUGAAUGCGAUUUGUUCCUUGUUGUUCGGUACGUUGAUGAAGUACAUUGGCAGAAGUCCGUUGAUGGGUUUAGGAUUCGCGAUACACGCCUGCUUAAUAUGGGUAUUGAUCAUAUGGCGACCUCAUCCAAGUUCACCGCAUAUAUUCUUUACAAUAUCUGGCCUAUGGGGUGUCGGUGACGCUGUUUGGCAGACGCAAGUAAACGGUAUGUACGGAACGCUAUUUCGAAGAAACAAAGAAGCCGCUUUCAGUAACUUCAGGCUGUGGGAAUCGACUGGCUUUGUGAUUGCGUACGCUUAUAGUACCCAUCUUUGCGAAAAGAAGAAAUUGUACGUAAUGGGCUGUGUAUUAGUGAUCGGAUUCAUCGGUUACAUUAUCGUUGAAAUCAGACACAAAAUCCGAGCAAAAAGGAGGAAGAGUUUGGCCGAAGAUCCCAAGGCAGCAGCUGCCGAAGCUGCUAAACCUAACAACGUUAUCGAAGAAACUGAUGACGAAAAAGAUGAUAUAGACGAUGAAAUUAUAGUUACACAUUUGUAAAAUUUUUUACAUCGCCAUAUUGCCAGCUAGUUGAGCAUCACAUGAAGUGAUAGUAUUUAUAUACGUUGAAUUACAAAAAAAAAAAAAAAAUACCGUGAUAUUUUUCCAAAAUUAAGAA